AUGGCGGCGUGCUGCGAGGCGGAACCGGCCGCCCCCUCCCCUUGGCUCCCGGAGGCUCGGGUGGGCUUCGUGGGGGUGCGACGCGGGUCCGGGACGAGCUGGCUGGUGCGGGCCUUGUCCGGGAAGCCGCUCUUCCCCUCCACCGAUGCCAGGGCCUUCUUCCGCCGCAAAGACGGGCCCCCCGAGGGUCCCGCGCCCCACCGCCACUUCCCGCAGCUGGCCCUGCACGACCUGGGCGCCCUCCCCUCGCCCGCCCACCCCCCGCUCUCGCUGGCCUCCUUCCGCUGCCUGGUGCUGGUGGCGGGGCCGGAGGACGAGGGGGAGGAACUGGGGUCCCCGCUGGGCGCCCUCCGCCGCGCCGCCCCCCGCGCCGCCCUCCUCCUGGUCCGCAGCGGCGCCGACGCCCAGAGCCACACCCAGAGGCGCAAGGCGGGGCUGUGGGGGCGGGGCCCCGAGGAGGAGCAGGAGGAGGAAGAGUGGCAGCGGCGCGCAAGGGGCCACCUGGAGGAGGCCCUGCGCCGAGAAGGGCUCGAACCCCGCGACGCCUUCCUGCUCUCCGCAGUCCAGCCGCGCCGCUACGACUUCGCCCGCUUUGAGCACCGCCUCGUGCUUGGGGUUCUGGACCUGGACACCCAAGGGAGGGGCGUGGACAGGAGCCCCCAGGACUUGUCUGCAGCCAGCUGGAAACAGGUGGAGGAGGUCUUCCAGGCCUGCCAGCCCGGGGGUGUCCUGGCGCUGCCCACCACCUUCCACUCCGCCCUGGAGGACCCCGCAAGCGCCCGCCUGGAGGUGGCCCUGGUGGGGGAGGCCGGCUCCCUGAAGUCCUCCCUGCUGCGGGCCCUGCUGGGCAAGGGGGAAGAGGAGGAGGAGGGGUGGCCCCCCUGGAAGGCCCACCCCCUCCCGGGCUCGCUCCUCCCCCGGGCCUUCCUCCGGGACGUGUCUGGAGGGCCCCCCCUGCACCUGGACUUGGCCCGCUUUGACCUCGUCCUGCUCCUGUGUCCUAAGGAAGGAGAAGCCCACCAGCACCUGAUGGCAGCCGUCACCUCCGCAGGGAAGGAGGCCUUCCUCAUCCGGAGCCAAGCUGAGGCCCAGGACGAGAAGGAGGAGGGGAAGGGUACCGGGGGCCCCUCUCCUCGGGCCUUCCUGCUCCCGGACGAGCUGCCCCUCCUCCUCGAGGCCCUCCGGAGCGGGGGUCCCGGCUGGAAGCGGCAGGCGCUGCACUCGUCCCUCCCGGAGGCGCUCUCGCUCCUUGUUGCGGAGAAGGCGGGGGCGCUGAGGCGGGAGGCCUGGGAGCGGGCCCUGGGCGCCACCACCCCCUCGUGCCCCCCACAGGAGGCGGCCGCAGAGCUUCUUGCAGCCCUGGGGGGCUUCCGCCGGGAGCUGGGCCUGGAAGAGGCCUUCCUGGAGAUGGAGGCCGGGCUGGGGCCCGACGAAGCGGCCGAGGUGCUGCAAGCGGAGGCCAGGAGCCCCUUCGCCCGCCCCAUGGCCCCCGAAGAACUGCUGAACCUCGUCGCCGGACCCCCCUCCCUGGCCAGCUGGGCCUGGAGCUUCGUGCCCUUCUUUGGGUGGGGGUCCCAGGCGGAGGGCCCGGUCUCCUUCGCAGACGCCUACCGGGUGCUGCAGAGAGCGGUGACGGAGCUGGCGGAGGAUGCAGAGCGGGUGCUGCGGAGGGCCCUCCUGAAGGAAUAGCCCCCCCCCCUUUGUGCUGGUGGUCUCUUGGGUGCAAAGGGAGAUGCCACCAAAGGUGGGCAGCCUGGGAUAUCGCCGGGCAAGAGCGGUGACUCCUGCUACACGUGCCGGACAGCCCUCGCUUGCUUAAUCGCCUUCCGAUUUGCUUGCAAGAACAACAUUGUGGGUAAAGGGGCUGCUCCGUCCAGGGUUCUCCCCUCCGCCCUUGACCCCCGAAGGGUCCAGCCUGACUCCACACACAACAGGCCGGCACAACGCGGGAGGCAGAAGAGGCCAGAAUGAGAUCAGCUAAGCCUCUCAGAUAGGAA